UUGUCUUCGGUAUCGCGCUCAAAACAGACGUUAAAAGUUUGAUCUGGAACAUCGCGUGCGUGCGUUUUCCACUGAGUGUUUUCCUCGCUCUCUGCCGUGUGGUGUUGUCUUGGGGGCUACACAGCCCACAGGCUCCGAUAGCACAGGAGCGUAGAAGCUUUCGAGGUGCUGGACGGCGUACUGUUUGAAAAGUUUUUUUUUUCGAAAGUUUACUGUGCCGUGUAGAACGUGCGUGACAGAACUUUUGUGAGCUUGAAUAGUUGCUGAAUCACGCGAUCAUUGCGCGCUCAAGUGUCACAACGAAACAGAAAGAAAACGCAAAAGGAAAAAGAAAAAGAAGAAGAACUCUAGUUGAAUUUUCAGCACUACAAAAGUAGAAAAAAAAAGUGAUUGACGACGACACCCGAGACCUGGUCGAAAAGUACAAGCAAUGGAAAUGUUGUGAUUUUACCAUCUUGCCAUUAGUCGAAAAAAGUUGGUUCAACCGCGUCGUCGGAGGCGACCGACGGGAACCGAAAGCAGAAGCAGAAGAAGUGAGGAAAGAAGUGUAAUUUAUUUGCUAUUGAAAGCUGAUCGUUUUGUGUGAUAGUAAAUUAUUUAUUUAACUUAAAUUAAGUGUACGCGGUUGGUACCUGGAGAACCUGGUGUACCCGAUGUGACUGUUCGCUUCGCCCACCGUCGUCCCGCUCAUUCUUCAUUCCCGCCGGAUUUGCGCGCACAAUAGAGACGCGCUAGUACGUGAUAGAAUCUAAUUAGUUGAGUCACACAGACCAAUCCAGAGGUCAUCACCGGUCCCAUCAUGUCGUCAACGAUGCCCGUUGUUUGGUGCACCGAUCCGAACUCGUCGGAGAAGCGGCAAGCGUUUGCUUUACAAGGAAUUCAGCUUCAAGGCAACAUAACCGAGAAACAUGUGCUGGCAAUGAAAGAACUGAUCAGCGCUGCAUCCGAAGGUCGUUUACUGCUGCCCAGCGACGGUGCCAUUGUCCUGCUGGACUGUGGCCUCAGCAUCGGUUCGAUGGUUAUUGAGGGCAAGGCCGGUCGGGAGGUUGCGAAGGCUAGCAGUCAUAAAUCAUCCCUCCCGGCAGUACCCGAAGGAGCGUCCGCUGUCAGUAAUUGUACGGCAAAAUGUACACUCGGGAAGCGUACCGAUGCUAAUGGGGAAGGUGUCGAUGGGAACGUGGAAUGCGUUAAUGGUGAUACUGUGGGUGCGACGAGCGAAGGCGUGGAAGCCAGCUGUCUUGAGCCAGAAGAUGUUUUUCUCGCCGAGCAGACCACAGACGACUGCAAACCACCGGACCUGUACGGUACCGGCGGUGGAACGGAGAGCGAAGAAGUGCUGUAUGAAUUUCUCUGCUGUGCCAAAUGUAUGAACGAUCCAUCGUCCAGUUGUUAUAAUCCACCCAGUCAUCGUAGUCGUAGUUUAAAUUCACUUAAUAACAAAUCGCAGUUGUUGUCCCGGUUCCUGAAUGGGCGAGCCAAAGCACGGCUGUACUGUGAUCCACUGUACAAUAUCUCCAACCGGUAUUUCAAAAGGUUGGUCAAUCACAAGGGCUGCAAGUCCCGGUCCGAAUCCCGGCGGAAUAUCGUCCGCAAGAGUUCUAUCCGCAGCGAUCGAUCGACGCGGGGAAAAGUCGUCAAGAAAAGUACCGAGAACAUUCCGAUCUACGCCACGGUUAACAAGAAAAUGAAACUAAAAUCUCGACUGGAAGCGCUGCGACGACAGAAUAUCGACGCGAAAGACUUGGCACUUCAAAUUGCCAUCGACGGCCUACGGGAAUCGAUCAGGGGUAGAACGAAUUCAACCGAGUCGGCGGCCGCUGCAUCAUUGCCAAUUAUUAAUAAUUUAUCUUCAUCGUCACCCGCUGGGCCAUUGCAAUCCCUCGGAAAGCCAUACAAUAGUUCCAGCCGGAAAACUAGUUUCGAUUCGACCUGCACCGUCAGUUCAAUGGAUUCGGGCUUUAUUGAUCAACAACAGCGACAACAGCUGAAACAGCUUCAACAACAAUUGCAUCUACAGCAGCAACAGCAGGAGCAGCAAAAACAGAAAAAGAACAAAUCCAACCGUUCCAUUGAUGAGCCAAAAAAGAUUAAAUCUUGCUCUCGAUCCGACGAAGACCAAUCGCCCAAGACAGAAGAACUAAUGCCACCCAAUAAUAACGAAGGACGGAGUAGCGCGAGGACCGAGGAGGACCGUUCGAAUGAACUUUCCAAACUGCAGAUAAAGGAGUGCUUGAUGACGCAAUCGCGAAACCGCCGGAAAUCAUACGAGGAAUUUAAAUCACUGUUUCGGCAGCAACAACAACAGCAAACCGAGUGCCGCAGUCGCCUGUCCGUGGUCAAUGAGAAGUUGGACAGUUCGGCCGACACUAGCGUCAAAACGCGACGAAAGUCGUACGAAGAAUUCAAAUCUUUAGUCAAAAUUUGUGAUAGUAGCGUUAGUAACUUAAAGCCUACAUCGGAAGAAGAAGAGGAAACGACGGAGGAGGAUCGGCGGUUGCCGUCGGAGCAGCACCCGCACCCGCACACGAUCCAUUCCGGCAUCGGUGGGCUGUUCAAAAUGAAGCGCAAAAACUCGCGCCGUCUCAGUCUGAAGAAACCGAAAAUUAACGAUAAGUCUGACCAGCAGAAGAACGCGGAGGCAAAUUCCGCCGCGACAGUGAUUAGCAAUAGCGUUAGUAAGAAUAACGAACAAAACAGUCACGUUAGGGGUAGUACAAUCUACGAUAUCCUGCGAAACGGCCGAGGCAAACCGGACGAAAAGAAACAUUCAACCGUUCCGCUCGGGAAAGAGCUGUCACAAUUCUCGAAGGACGAGAUCUAUAGGAAGAAUUACAAAAUCUACGAUAAAUUGAUCUCGUAUGGUAGCAAAGCGUACAAAAAGUACGAUAAAUACAUGACCUACGGAACGAUUUACGAAAUAUUGCACCGAAAGUCGGACGCGGCAGAGGACGUGUUUUUACGCAAGCGUGCCUUGUCUGAAAAGUUUGCCAAACGAAAGCUUAGUGUCAAUUCCCAGUACAGUUCGCUCAAAUUCGGAACCAUUUAUGACAUCCUACAAGGUAAACAAACAAACGCCGCGGAUUCCGGCGUAAUCUGCGAGCUGACUGCGGUGGAUUCGCCCAAAGAAUCCGACCCGGUUAGCAAUUCAAACACCCUGUCCACAAUCUACGACAUCAUCCACAAAAAAGCGGAUUCCCCGAAACAGCAGAUCAAAAAUCGUUUCCUGGUGAAAAAGAUCACCGAAGAAGAACUUCACAAGGGUAACGAAAAUAAUCUAAACGAAGCAAAUACUGUUCCCGAUUCCGGGGACGCUCAUCCUCCUCCUUCGCCAGACUACAUGACACCGAAGUUGGUGGAUGUGGCCAAGAAAAGUACCCGUGCCCGUCGAUUUUCCAAUAUUCUAUCGUACAGCCCUCGGAGCCCACCGGAACCGGCCGCUCCGGUCGAAUCCGGUAAGUUGGCCAGCAACCAGACCCGCCUGAAGAAGAUUGCCGCCAGUGAUGAAGACUUGUACAAACGUGCCACCUUCAAGCAACAUUCCCACCGCCACCACAGCCAUAACUUGCAGGACCAUGACCUGAUCAAAUCGCCAAGCCAUCAUCAGCACCGGACGGGAGAUACCGCCGGGCUACCGAAGGAUGACGACUUAUACUCCCGUAUCGGGAAACUACGCAAAUCUGCCACCGUGUCCAGUGCUCUCUGUUCGAAAAUCGACGAAGGUUGUCCGCUCGAUAGUUUCAAAGUUUUCCCGGAGAAUCGACCGAAAUCGAACGGCAAUCGGCACGAUCGAUUGUUGGUACCGCAGCCCGGAGCCAUCUUCAAGUCCAACUCGCUGGAUAUGCUGGCUCCGUCGAAAUUUGCCAAAAAUCCUCGCUGGCACAAACAUACCAGCGGAACGGGGGGACCCGUUCGCAAACUGUCCCCACUGGUGAUGCCCCGGAAAAGUGCAGCCAUCAGCCAAUCAUCUCCCCAGCAGAAGAAAAGCACCCGACGGAUGUCGGAGUUCACCCGCGGCGAGUUCCUGAAUGAGAAAUUAUGGUACUUCCGAAAGAUCAAGAGAAUAGAGGCGGAGAAGAAACUACUGCUACCAGAAAACGAGCACGGCGCAUUCUUGAUCCGCGAUUCCGAAAGCCGCCAUAAUGACUACUCGCUGUCGGUGCGUGACGGCGAUACCGUAAAGCACUACCGAAUCCGACAGCUGGAUGAGGGUGGAUUCUUCAUCGCCAGGCGGACUACCUUCCGGACACUGCAGGAACUGGUUGAACACUAUAGCAAAGAUUCGGACGGCCUGUGCGUGAAUCUCUGCAAACCGUGCGUUCAGAUCGAGAAACCAGUCACCGACGGACUGUCACAUCGCACCAGAGACCAAUGGGAGAUCGAUCGAACGUCGUUGAAGUUUGUCCGCAAGCUCGGUUCCGGCCAGUUCGGUGACGUCUGGGAAGGACUGUGGAACAAUACGACGCCGGUUGCCAUCAAAACGCUCAAAUCCGGCACUAUGGAUCCGAAAGAUUUCCUCGCCGAGGCUCAGAUCAUGAAGAAGCUCAAACACACCAAGUUGAUCCAGCUGUACGCCGUGUGCACCCUGGAAGAGCCAAUCUACAUCAUCACCGAGCUGAUGAAGCAUGGUUCCUUGCUGGAAUUUUUGCAAGGUAAAGGCAGAAAUCUAAAGCUUCAGCAGUUAAUCGAUAUGGCUGCGCAAAUUGCAGCCGGUAUGGCAUAUCUCGAGUCGCAGAACUACAUUCAUCGUGAUUUGGCCGCUAGGAACGUUCUGGUGGGUGACGGCAAUGUCGUUAAGAUUGCUGACUUUGGUCUGGCGAGACUAAUCAAGGAAGAUGAGUACGAAGCACGGGUAGGUGCACGAUUCCCGAUCAAAUGGACGGCACCGGAGGCAGCUAAUUAUAGCAAAUUUUCGAUUAAAUCUGACGUGUGGAGUUUCGGUAUCCUGUUGACAGAGUUGGUCACCUACGGUAGAAUACCAUAUCCUGGUAUGACAAAUGCUGAGGUUUUGACACAAGUCGAGCACGGUUAUCGAAUGCCUCAGCCACCGAACUGCACCAGUACCCUGUACGAAAUUAUGCUUGAAUGCUGGAACAAGGAUCCGAUGCGACGACCUACCUUCGAGACACUCCAGUGGAAGCUGGAAGACUUUUUCACCAUGGACCCAAGUGAAUACAAAGAGGCGGCACCAUUCUGAUAAAUGGCGAUUCUAUGCGCACACAGUCCAGCUUCUAUCGCCGUUAAUAUUGCUUCCAAUUUUGCAACUGCUACCACUGCUAUCGCUGAUACUGCUGCUGCUACUACCGUUUCCAAUGCUGGUGGAAAAACUCACCACAGACGACAACCAGAUAAACGCCAGGUACUGCUAUUUAUUUAAUUAUACUACUACCGCAAUUGACUACCGAGGUCCGAUUAGCCGAUUACACAUAUAUACAAAAAAAAAAAAGCAAAUGGGAUUACGCAAAAAGUGUAGAGAUACGAUCAAGUUACAAAUGAAACUGUGCUGUUAUAUACAUCAGAAAUAGAAAAUAGGACGCAGAUUAGAAAAUAACUUUUUCUUUCGUUUAUUAUUUGUACGGACACUGUCAAUCGCAGAACAAUAAGUAUUUUAGUUCGCCCACCCACAUUCGCAAUCAUUUCACAGACUGUCUGAGUCUCUGAGGUUCGAGUAAAUAAUCGCCGCUAACUGUUGCCUAGCCGGGAAAAUCCAAUUAUUCAUUCCUUUUUGAAUAGAAACAGAUUAAAUCCUAAUCGAAUCGGAACAAUCAUAAGUUUAAGAUCAACUCGACUAACUGUUGGAAGUGUUACGUUCUUUUUUUGUUGUUGUUGUCGGGAGCAGCAAAGGCGAUGCUUUGGUUCGAGAAAAAAGCUACGAUGUGUUCUUUUUUGUCACCAUCGUAUCCGUGUUAGAUUCAACUAUACUAGUGUCUUUUGUUGUUCUCGGUUAGAACUAGCCUGUAUCGAGCGAAUGCAAUCUGACACAAUUAAUAUUAAACAUUUUCCGUAAUUUCUUUCUACUGCGAUCAUAGAUAAAUUCCGACAUAAUCGACCAAUGAACUUUAUAGUAGCACAUGUGCAAAAUACACGCAUAGAAAGCAGUAGGCGAUAUUGGAUAUUCAAUUGUAACACGCGUAGACUAAUGUUGUAUGAAGAAGGGCCCAGGUUCGAAGGGUUAGAGGUUUUGUUUUUUUUUCUUCUUUCGAAUAAAUAUACAACGCAUCUGUAUCUGCGGUGGGAGCCAAACGAUGUAGUUUUUCGGUUUCGAACCUGAACCAGAAAUUUUUAGAUCAGAAAACAGAAACGUAUUAAGUCUCGCGCAAAACCGACAUAAUCAUAUUAAAAAAAAGAACUAUUAUCAGCACCGGAUGGCAAAACAAAUCAUCAAAUACGUGGGUAAAGGCUUGAUCUCUACUCUCGUAUUAUGUACAUUUAGGAAUAUCUGCUUUAUUUCUAUAUCGAUCAUUUUUUUUUUUUUUUCAUAGACCGACCAGAAUAUUCAUUCGUGUUUUAUCUCCUGCUCUUGGAUGUCUUGCAAAUGAGAGAAACGGAAAAAAACUGUUUAUAGAUAAAAUAUAAAAUUUCCAUAAAAUUACUGUACUCUCUGGAUUAUUAAUUCGUUUACGAAGCUUUAUUUUUUAUUUAAUUUUACAUUAUUAUACUCCCGUCUCAUUGUGAGUCGUUGGGGCUUCUGAGAGAUAUAAAUGAAAAGGAAAAGAAUUGGCAAGUCCCAGCAACUUCUCACAAAAACUGUAAAUAAUAUUGAGCACUAAGCCAACAGACGAUGAACUUCAAUAAAAAAAAUGACUUGUAAUCGUUAAGCAACCAAGACUCAUAGUAAAGGACAUUUCUAUGUCAACCAUCAAUGAGAACCGUGCUACCUAUAUCGAACAAACUGCUGGAAAAUAAUUGGUUUUGGACAAAACAUGAACCUAAUUUAGAAAAAAAAACUACAUGCAACGGCAACGAGACAGUUUAUUUUUGAGUCCCCAUGUAUUGCACAUCAGAGUUCACGUUGUAGAAUCUAGAAGAAAAAAAUUAAAAAUGAAUGAUUAGAGUAAUGCUUACAUUAGCGAAUCAGACUGAAUCAAAUUGUUUCAAAUCUUCUCUUCCCUUGGUCGUUAUGAUUUUGCACACAAACACUUCCAUUUAUAUCGGCUACCUGUAGAGCACUAGGAUUCGAACGCUUGUUCCAUUUCGUUCACUCGUGCUUUGAUUCGUGUUGAUCCAGUUUUAUUUUUUCGUCAUCUCGUUAUGCUUUGCACAGAUCGUUUCACGAAUUUUGUAAAUUUUUGUUCAUAUGAUAGCUUCUAGCUUAAAACUGUUUUUUUUUCUCAAUUCAUCAAUUUUUCGAGAUGAGCACGUGCCUGCAAUUUCGGUUGGAAAGAAGAAAAGUGAACACAGGAAAUGGAACUAUAUUUACAUUACGUUCUAGGAUGUGUUCAUGUAAUCACAAUUAUUCAACCAGUAAACGCUUCAAACUCUGUGUGUUUAACAAAGUUAAUGAGCAUAAGUCUCGACUCGUUCCAAUUGUGUGCCCUGAAUUCGUCGAUUCGAUUCCAUUCAAUGUCAUCACAGUCACCUUUCAUCGAUUAAUGAUGCGUCAAAACCUAGAACAUAUAUAGAAAAUCUCUUAUUCGAUCCGAUAUCUAUCUUCAGCUACACACCGCACACAAAAUAAGCGAUGAAAAAUGCAAUUGUAUGUUACGAUACUUCUUGUUGUACACGCAUAUUAGAAGGGGGUCGUUGAUGUGAAGAGAAAUGGCAUCGAAGCAGAUGCGAACAGCAUUUGAAGCCAACAUAAAGUGUUUUGCAACGGAUAUUUGAGAAAUAAAACAAGCCACUACAUGAGCCGAAUGGAAAUACAUAAAUAGAACUCUUUUUAUGAUAUUUUAAUUGUAAAUGUUGAUAAAUAAUGCUAAUAAGAUUACUAAACUAUACAUGGAAAUCAAUGACGACGGUAAAUCAAGCGAUUAAAAUAGCUGAGAAAUAAAAAUAAAGUAUAUUGAAAAAUUUUAUACAAAA